UUCUAAGAGUUAAUACAAGUGUGAUCGUUAUUUUAUUUAUUUAUUUAUUUUUUUUUUUUUUUUCUUUUUUAUUGCGUGUAUCACAGUGAACAUAUACAAAUUCAUAUUAUUUACUUGUGUAUCAUUUGUUUGAAGAAAGAGUGUGCUUUAAAUAUAGAUCGAUCGAUCAAUAUUAUACGAAAUAAAUAAAUGAAAAAGGAGAAAAGAAAGGAAAAAAACGUAAAAGAAAAAGAAACGAAACAAUGGUGGAAUUAAUUCGAGGAGUGAUAUAUCAUUUUCAUUUUUAUUAGUGUGGUAUCUUUAUCUGAGAAAAUAUGGUGUCAGUCUUUCUAACCUAUACCAAAUUCGGUAUUCGUAUAAUAGCACGUCCGAAGAUGACGUUUGUAAUAAAUUAUUACAGACAAUACGAUGUUAAUUAUUAAAUAUUAUUCUCACGGAAUAUAAUACACAAUGAAUAAUAGUGUACGUUAAGUAAUAUCGAAAUAAAAAUGUAUGUAAGAGUACACGCCUUAUCUAAAAUAAGGUAAGAGAGAAGUUUGGCUUGAUUGCAAAGGAUAAAGAUGGCCGCGGUAGGCUGCCAUGAAGGGAGUGCGUCGCUCGUGCUCGUGGAAAUGGGACGUUGCAACAUCGAAGUGUCAUUGUUGUUCUUAUGAAGUGUCAGUUAGUGACGUUAAGUUAUAUUGUUCGGUGAACGAAUUUAAGAAGAAUAAUUUGAAAUGGCAUCCGACGGUAGGAUGGAAUGGGUUGAAAUAAUAGAACCACGUACAAAGGAGCAUAUGUAUGCUAAUCUUACUACUGGAGAAUGUGUAUGGGAUCCACCACCUGGCGUACCUGUGAAGAAGACGGAUAAUAAUCAAUGGUGGGAAUUAUUUGAUCAGAAUACUUCAAGAUUUUAUUAUUACAAUGCCACAUCUCAGAAAACUGUUUGGCAUCGUCCAACUGAUUGCGACAUUAUCCCAUUAGCAAAGCUUCAGACAUUAAAACAGAACACAGAGCCGGCUGGUAGUAGUGGAGGUGAUGUCCAAAAAAAUGCAGAAUCAAGAAAGAAAGAAUCUGUGUCUACACAAACUCAGACACCUGUUAGUCGUUCGAUGCGUUUCAAUCAUCAAGACAAUCCUAAUUUAUCUGUUACACUGCAAGUGGGUAAUGCUAGUAAAUCUCGAACAUCUGGUAUCGGUGUGGAUAUGCAGACAUCUCCACCAUCUCCGUCUCCUUCUUCGAGACGACAUCAUCAUCAUCACCAUCAUCAUCACAAUAAUCGACAUCAUAGACAUCACGAAGUACCGGCGACUAGACGACAACAUAAUCAUUCGCAAGAUUCUGGUCGAUCCAGUGAUAGUUCUGUCUCCCAUAGUCGUACGUCUUUAGAAUCAACAGGAUAUCGAUUGUUAGACUCACCACAUCGUCAUCAUCAUCGUUCUACGGUUCAACCUCCACCAGCACACGCCCAGUCUUCACCUAGACAGCAUAGCGGCACAUUAGAAGGUAGAUGUCACAAAAGUGGAACUCUUGAAAGCGUUAAAAAUCAGAAAUCUAUACCAUUGGGUGAACCACCACCAUUGGGAUUGUCUCUCUCAACUAGUACACCUCUUUUCAAGAAAAAGACUUUCCCAGAUGCACAGCGCGAGGGUAGAAUAGGAAAUUUGGAUCUUGAAAAGAACAAAAAUGGUAAAGAAAGUAGUAGGGGUUCCUACGGUCCUGAACCAAGUACAUCUCCAUAUAGAGAUUCUUUAAUGGAAUCAAGAGUAUUUAGGCAAGAAAUGCCACCUUAUCGUCCGCCAGAAGUUCAAAUAAGUCAUAGUUAUAAAUCGCAAGGUGAAAAGUAUGGUUCGUUGGUAGAAAGUGGUAAUCGUUUCCUUAGGGAAAGAGAUUGGGAAAUGCAUCAAAGAGAAAGAGUUAAUAGUUUGGACAAAUCCAAUACUUCUGCCUUUUAUCCAAGUUCCAUGCAUCCACGGAAUAUGAAUAAGCAAGAUACUACAGGUAGUAUAGGUAAAAGACAUUAUGGAUGUUCCGCGUCAUUGUCAGAAGCAAAUGUUCGUGAUAUGUAUGGGGCAAUGUUAGCAGAGAGAAACGAUCCAUCCAAGAGUCUAGUGCGAGGUACAGGAAUUAUUGGUAACGUAGCUAAGCAAAGAAGUAUGGAAGUAUCCGAGAGAGAAAGAGAACGGGAUCGUGACAGAGAGAAGGAAUAUAGAAGGAAUACAGCGUGCAAUAAUUCGCUCGACUGCACGUCGCAGCCUCUGGCUCGUAGUUAUAGUUUCGUGCAACAGCAAAAGUUGCAACAAUUACAUCAACAACAACAGCAACAGCAACAACAACAACAACAACAACAACAGCAGCAACAACAGCAACAGCAAAGUAGAAGAAGAGAUAGAGAUGAGGAUGCGAUGCAUGAGCGUUAUUUGAUAAGUCAAAGUCACGAACAAUCUAGGCAGCGACUUAGUAGUAACACGAGUAGUAGCAACAGUAGCAACAGCAGUAGUAAUAGUGCCGUAGGAGAAGAUAUAGAAGGUCAUUUGGAUACGGAGGAUAGUAAGAAAAAAAGAAGUAAUGGUAAUCCAAGUCCACCGUUGUCUCCUUUCUAUGGAAAUCUUUUAUCGGAUGCCGAUCAUUUGUUACCACUUCAACAUUAUAUUCUUCAGCAAGCUAAGCUAUCAGGUUGUUACAAGUUUGGUGAUCCAUUGUUAGUAGAAGAGGGUGAUGAUUCUUUAGACGAAGAAGGUGGUCGAAGCGGAGGUAUCGGAGGAAGAGUCGACGAUGAUUCUGAUGAUCAAUUUGCCGAUGACGAGGCAGCAAGUAAUCAGGGUGACUCGUCUAGCCAAGAAUAUCUCGAAGAUCAUUAUGCUGAUCUAGGUAACUACGAUACUGCUGGUUUAGCGACCUAUUAUAAUACAGCCGACACAUUGACAAGGCCGCAACCAUCUCCACCAGCUUCGCCGACUAUAGUGACUCAACCAGAGACACAAGAUACUGUCGUUCCCUGUGUAAGACGAGUAUCAUUACCAUCAUCCACCUUAACUUCUACGCCAAGUGGGAUCACUGGAAACGAUAAUACAGAUUUAGAUGAAGCACGUCGUGACGAUAGUACCAGUGGUGGUGACAUUGAAAAAUAUGCUCAAGACAAUCUUAAUUUGAAUUGUGGAAGACCGAAAGGAUUGAGAUUAUUGUUCCGAAAGAAAUUCAGUGUCCGUGAUAUUCUCAGUUGGUCAAAGGAUCCAAUACCCCAGCCUAUGUUGGUUGUCGUAGAUGGUGAAAAAUUAUUGAAAAGAGAGGCUUGCAAUUUGUUUCGAUUGGUUCAGGUAUAUAUGGGUGAUCGUAAGGCAAACGUCGGUAUGACAUUAGACGGAGUUGCUAUGGACAUAGUAAAUACAGCAUUUUCUAAGCCACCUUUACGCGAUGAAUUAUACGUUCAAAUCUGUAGACAGACUACAGAAAAUCCACGAAAAGAAAGUCUUCGUAGAGGUUGGGAACUUAUGGCCGUUUGUUUAGCAUUUGUACCACCUAGCGCUACAUUUGAACCUUACCUCGAAGGAUACAUGAAUAGGCACCGUGAUCCAAACUUCCAAUUUCCAGAGGUUGCUAAGUGGCCAAUUCAUGUACAGGUUAGUCAUUAUGCAACUGUUGCCUGUAAACGUCUUCAACGAAUUGGUGCUCAUGGUAAACGACAGCCACGUAAAGCUACCAUAGAAGAUAUCGAUCAAGCUAGGAUCCAAAUUUUCCGUGCGUCGAUGUUCGGUGCAACAUUAUCCGAAGUAAUGGCUUUGCAAAGAGAUCGUUUCCCUCUUCGAGAAUUACCAUGGAUACAAACGACUUUAACUAGACAAGUAUUGGUACGUGGUGGUACAUUAACGGAAGGUAUAUUCCGAGUAUCAGCCGAUGCCGAUGAAGUUAGUGCUUUGAAAGCCUGCUUAGAUAAAUUUGAGGAUGGUGCGAUAUUGGCAGCGUCCCAAGAUGCACAUGCUCCUGCUUCCUUAUUAAAGUUAUGGGUACGGGAAUUGUACGAGCCUUUGAUACCUGACUCCUUUUAUACGGAGUGCGUAUCGAUGCGUCACGACGAUGCACAAGUUUCAGCAAGUAGCGUAGCCGCUAUCGUCGAUAGAUUGCCUGAUCUCAAUCGACGCGUUUUGUGUCACCUAAUACGAUUCUUACAGAUAUUUGCCAGGCCCGAAGUAGUAGCACGUACCAAAAUGGAUGCAAAUAAUCUUGCAAUGGUAAUGGCACCAAACAUUUUACGGUGCACAUCACAAGAUCCUCGUGUUAUAUUAGAAAAUGCACGAAAGGAAAUGGCUUUUGUUCGUACUCUGAUCGAGUCGUUAGACACUGCUUGGGUCGAUGAUCUUCACUGACCAUUCUAUUACGCUAGCAAAGAACACUUUAGACUAUUAUGCCAAAUGAAUCAGCUGUAUAUUCACACCCGUUGUUAGUUAUCUCACUGUUCUCUACACGUUCGUAUUUUUAUUUUUCUUUAUACUUUCUUUUUUAUUAUUAUUAUUAUUAUUAUUAUUAUUAUUAUUAUUUUCUUUUUUUUUCGUUUAUUUGUUUGUUCAUCUAUCGUCGCCGACGAUUUCUCGUCAUUAAAAACCUUAAAUGUUCGUGUUGGUAAGUUUAGUGCUCAAAGUUUUACCAAGCUAAUAACGCCAUAUUAUUCUCCUUCUCACUUUUUAUUUAUUAUUUAUAUACAGAUUCUAUGUUAUAUAAAGAGAUAGAGAUUAUUAGAUUAUAUUAUGUAGAUCCCUCUAUAUAUCACAUUGUAUGUCUAUAUAUAUAUAUAUAUAUGUAUAUAUAUAUAUAUUUAUAUGUGUGUAUAUAUACAUACUUAUAUAUAUAUGUAUAUAUAUGUAUAUAUAUAUAUAUAUAUACAUAUAUAUAUAUUUUACCAUCCCCUUGUUACCGCGCGAAGCAAGCAAGCGGACGGCUUUUUUACUCGAUCAUUGUUGAAUCUCGUGUAAGAUACAAGAUCCAUCCCCCAUGUGUUAUCAUGUAUAGCUGCACUCUUCGCGAUGAUCUUUUUUGUAUAAGCGAUGGAUUGAGAGACGUGUAAAACGUUUAUCAAAGGAGUAAACAUUGUAAAACAUCAAUAAGUUGUACUCGCAGAUGUACUUUCUUUGAUUUUUUCCUCUUUUUGAGUUUCCUAAACGUUUUAUAUCUUAAAUACAUAUAUAUAUAUAUAUAUAUGUAUAUAUGUAUAUUAUUUCAUCAUUUCAUUUACAUAGAACAUAUUUAACAUAUUAACAUUAUCAGUUUGAUAACUAUUUCAACGUGUUUAUGGGAUUAAUGAAUGAAGAAUCUUAAACGAUGUUUCUGAACUCUCAACAUUGUCAUUGAAAACAGAUGAUAUAUUCUUCUUCUUCUUAUUCAUCAUCAUCAUCAUCAUCAUCCUCAUCAUCGUCAUCACAUCGUCAUCAUCACAUCAUCAUCAUCAUCAUCAUCAUCAUCAUCAUCAUCAUCAUCAUCAUUAUUGUUAAACAAAUUCAGCUUCAUCUAUGUAAUUGUAGCGAAGAAAUGUUUAAAGGCACCGUUACGCUUAUCACAGUUUCUGAAAUAGAGAGAAAGAGAGAGAGAGAGAGAGAGAGAGAGAGAGAGAGAGAGAGAGAGAGAGAGAGAGAGAGAGAGAGAGAGAGAGAGAAAGUGUGUGAGAGAGAGAGAGAAGAAAUAUAACAAUGUUAUACAGAGCUGCCCAAAAACCUAUCACGAAUCGACUAUUAUUUUUAUUUGACGAUAUACACAGUCACUCUCAUUGUGUACAAUGUGUUCCUGAAGAGUACAAGUUAAAUCUUUACGCGUUUCAUUAAACGAAAAAAGAAAAAAAAAAUAAAAGAACAAAAAGAAAAAAAAAUGAUAUUUAAAUGACAAAAUGAUAUAUAGCCGCACACGCAUACAAUAUAUACAUACUUACAUGUACAUGCAUACACAUACAUAUAUACAUACAUGCAUACGUACGUACGCACACAAUACACAAAUAAAAAUUAACGUUCCUAUGCGAAUAAUAAUGGCUAAAUAGUUUCUUGGUUUUACUUGUCCACGCGAUGAAAGUAGAGAAAUGAACGAUGAUAAAGAAGAAAAGAAAAAAAGAAAAAAAAAAAAAAAAGAAAAAGGAACAAAAACAAAAAAAAAAAAAAGAAGAAGAAAAAAAGAAUUGAAACGACAUAGUAGAGAUAAUGAACAAAAAAAAAAUAGAAUUAGAGACUAAGUCAUAGUUACGAUACAGCAACAAUAGGGGGAUAAUAGAACGAACAAAAAAAUGUCGUAUUGAAAGGGGAAACGGGGAGAUAAAAAAAAAAAAAAAGGAAAAGAAAAACAAAAAAAAAGAAGAAAAAAAAAACGAUUAAACGCAAAUGAUUAUUGCUUCGUACUGUAAUUUAUGAUGAUGUCAUCGCUUAUCCUUUAUUUUUUACAUUAGACUAUGUUAGCUUUAUAAUCGAAAUCACAUAUGCAUUAUCAUUCGUCAUUAAACUCGUGCGCACACAUAUUGCAUACAUACAUACACACACAAACAGACACACACGCACAUACACAUAUUCAUCGCGCGCAUCUCUUAUUACAUAUAUUCAUCAUAUAUAUAUAUAUAUAUGUAUAUCUUGUACAUAUAUAUAUAUAUAUAUAUAUAUCUUGUACACAAAAUAUAUAAAAUCGAUUAAUCAUUAAUACUGUUGAAGAGAGAUUUUACAUUUAGCUGAAGAAUAAUCUAUAUAAAAUGCUUUAAUUUACUUGUAAUGUUAGCUAUGUCCAAAGGAUAUAAAAAAUGAUAAAAAAAAAAAAAGAAAAAAAAAUGAACCAAAAAAAAAGAAAAGAAAAGAAAAGAAAAAAAAACAGAAAUUGCAAGAAAAUACUUUCAACAAUCCUAUCGAUCAUUAC